CGAUUCUUUUUGCAGCAAAGAAUAUAGGAAACACUAGUAAGUUAAACUGAUAAAGAUCCACCUGUAGGGGAAUGAGCGUCAGAUGUCCUCGUUUUAUCUCCAUCUACCGCCGAUCAAACGAUGCUUCACCGGAACUCUAAUAUGUUGCCAUACCUCGACGAACCCUCUUCUCUCUGCAUUUCCUCAAUCAUGGAGACCGCAGAGAUCGGCGAUGGGGAUAUCUGUUGUUACCAUGAGGGAUCGGAGCAAGAACCGGAAGCCGACGCAGAGGGGAAGGUACCUAAGCAUCGAGGGUAUCCAAGCCGUCCAAGCUCUUAAGAAAGCGAAGGUAAAUGGUGGGUUAGAUGCGGUGGCACAUGAAAUUGAGACAAAGGUCCGGCGGCUGGUCAAGUUUGAUCUCGUGGCCGUGCUUCGUGAACUCCAAUGGCAGGGAGAGGCCAUCUUGGCUUUCCAGGUUUUUGAAGAGUUGCGGAGGGAACAUUGGUAUAAGCCUCAAGUGUCAAUCUAUGUUGAUAUAAUCUCGGUAUUGGCAAAGAGUGGAUUAUAUGAGAAGGUUGAGCAAGUGUGUUCAUAUUUGAAGACAGAAUGUUUGGAACCAGAUACUGAAGGGUUCAAUUUACUUAUGAAGACUCUAUUAGAGUAUGGCUUUACCCAAACAGCCAUGGAUUGUUUUCGCUUGAUGAAGCUUUGGGAAAGUGAGCCCGAUGAACAUACUUUUAGGAUACUGAUAAGUGGACUUGAGUCUAAUGGUGAUAAGGAUAGUGCUAUUGCUAUAAGAGCUGAAGCAAAAAAACAACUUGGCAGGACUUUGGAGUUCUUUGAAGAAUAGCAUAAGUUAGGUUCGUCUGUUGAUAUGGUCAAAUAUUAUAAGAAGUUACUUAGGAGCCAUAAAUUAAAUUAUUUGUGGACUGAAAAGAGUUAAUGUAUGAGAACAAUGAUUUUUAUGCAAUUCUUUUUUGUUUAAUAUCUAUUUUACUCUAGAUGUAAUACAUAGAUUUUGGGCCUUUUGGCGUUUUGUUGAUGUUUGGUUAUGGAUUUGUAUUUUUUUAUCCAAUUCAUUAAUUUUAAACAAAAAUUCUAUUCACCGGUAAUUCUUGUA